UUGGGUGUGCAUGAAGUGUGAAGCUGUUUUGUCACAGAUCCUACAUCGAAGACAAAGACUAUGAGCUCCCCUACAAUCUUGCUGUGCCUGUUGCUGGCUCUCUCCAUCCGUGGUGGUUCUUUCCAACCUGUUCCUACUCAGCUGCCACAAGCCUCAUUUGCUGAGGGGGCAACUGCCAUCCUAAAUUGCCCACUGGAGAAGGGCAGGAUCCAAGACUACCAUGUUUUCUGGUUCCAGCAAAAGCCCUCCAACGCUCCAGCUUGGGUGCUGAAGCAUUCUACUGACAAUAGGAUAGAUCGAGGCUCUCAAUUUGGCACUCGCUUUGUACCCAUCCGAGAGGCUGGUGCCAAUGCCUACGUGCUGCAGAUCCAGGGGGCACGCACAGAAGACAGUGCAAUGUACUGGUGCGCAGCUGAAAUAAACUCCUUCAAUACUUUCGUCUCAGGGAGUGGGACACAGCUCAGCAUCAGAGGAGGAGCAUCGGUAAAAGCACCGGCGUCAGUCACCCUCUUGUCCGAUGUUUCCCAAACAUCCAAUGCUCCCACAGUCCAUGCCUUGUGCGCAGUUGAGCAAUUCUACCCAGGGAUCCUGGAGAUGAAAUGGAGCAUGGCUGGGAAAGAGAUCACCGAUGGGGUGACCCCAGGCCAGGUGGUCUUGAACAAGGACGGCUCUUACAGUGCCAGCAGUAUCCUAAACAUCUCCCGAGACCUCCUCAGCUCUGGAAAACCCAUCAAGUGCAUCAUACACCAUGAAUCCUCAGGUGUGGAGGCUGAAAAGAGCCUGGAACAAUGCCAGGGAGACUAAGCGGAGCAUCUCUUAUACCUUGCAUUUUUGUCUGUUUCAGACCCAAGCAGAACUGUAUACUCUCACACUCCUAAUGCUUAAUAAAGUAGCU